AUGGCCCCUUUUGAAGCACUAUAUGGUAGGAGAUGUAAGACUCCACUGUGUUGGUCAGAAUUGAGUGAGGGCAAGAUGGUAGGUCCGAAUUUGAUUCGAGAUACAGAGGAAAAGGUCAAAAUUAUCAGAGAUAGAUUGAAAGCAGCUUCAGAUCGUCAAAAAUCUUAUGUGGAUUUGAAGAGGAAAGAUAUAGAGUAUCGGUCCGACCCAUCACAUGUGAUAACAGUUGAAUCUAUUACUAUUGAUCCAGAUUUAACUUAUGAGGAAGAACCAGUGAAGAUAGUUGCUAGGGAAAUCAAGGAACUAAGGAAUAAAAGAAUUCCUUUGGUAAAGGUUCUUUGGAGAAACCAUAAGACCGAAGAAGCUACAUGGGAAAGUGAAGACAUUACGAGACAACAACAUCCUCAGUUGUUUAAUUCAGGUGAAUUUCGAGGAUGA